UGAUGCUGUUGGGUCCCAUGACCUAAUCUGCACCCAAAUGCAGACGUGGGUGGGACUCAGAGGGGAGAUCGGACCAUGGCCAAGGCUGACUACUUCUGGGCUGUUACUGAUAAUAUGACGUGGGACGACUUUGAGAAAGAAUUUGGAAAUAGCUCCGAAAUACCCACUGGAGAUUAUUUCAGCCCUUGUAAGAGAGUUCCAGUAACUAACACGUGGGUUCUGGUUGCCGUUUAUGCACUGGUGUCCCUGCUGAGCUUGCUGGGAAACUCCCUGGUGAUGCUGGUCAUCUCAUCCAGGCGAAGGAGCUGCUCUGUCACCGACGUCUACGUGCUGAACCUCGCCGUUGCCGACCUGCUCUUUUCACUGACCCUGCCCUUCUGGGCUGUCUCCAAAUUGAAAGGCUGGAUUUUUGGCACACCCCUGUGUAAGAUGGUCUCACUCCUGAAGGAAGUCAACUUCUUCAGCGGUAUCCUGCUACUGGCUUGCAUCAGUGUGGACCGAUACCUGGCCAUCGUCCAUGCCACACGCACGCUGACCCAAAAGCGCCACUUGGUUAAGUUCAUAUGUCUAGGCCUCUGGAGUCUCUCUUUGUUUCUGUCCCUGCCCUUUGCCAUCUUCCGCCAGGCCUAUAAACCAUACGGUUCUGGAACAAUCUGCUAUGAGGUCCUGGGUAAAGCCACAACAAAUUUUCGGAUAAUGUUGCGGGGCCUGUCCCACACAUUCGGCUUCCUCCUGCCGCUGGUGGUCAUGCUGUUCUGCUACGGGUCCACACUGCGCACGCUCUUUAAGGCCCGCAUGGCGCAGAAGCACCGGGCCAUGUGGGUCAUCUUUGCGGUUGUGCUAGUCUUCCUGCUCUGCCGGCUGCCCCACAACCUGGCCCUGCUCACAGACACUCUCUUAGACACCCACUUGAUUGAGGACACCUGCAAGCGCCGCAGUGCCAUCGACCAGGCCCUGUAUAUCACCGAGUUCCUGGCCUUUUCUCACAGCUGCGUCAACCCCAUCAUCUACGCCUUUGUUGGCCAAAAUUUUCGUCGUGCGUUCCUCAAGAUCCUUGCGAACUGUGGCCUGGCUCGCAAGGAGGUUUUGACACCGCAUCGUGCUGCCUUUCACACAUCUCUUACUGUCCGCUAAACCUCUGAAAAUUACCAGAGAGUGAUCGCUCUCCUCAAAGUAGAGGGUAGCUAUCGUGCUGAUGAUGUGCGGUGCCGUGCUACGUGUGUGCUUGAGUGUGCGUGUGUACAGUACAGCUAUGGACAGAUAGUACCUGGUCUGGGGAGGGAGGUGACAGGAUCAGAAGUUAGUGACUACUGUCUCUAGUGCCCACACCUACUUUCUGAGGAGGCACUGGUAGUCCUCCAAGGA